AUGUCUGAUACAUUCGGUGAUAUCAUCAAUGGUGCUGCAGGCACAGCACAGGGUAGGGAGGGAACAACAGUCCAGACCCUGGUCAUCUCAGUUGCGGCUGGCUUUGUUCUUUUCGCUGUGCAAUUCGGGGCAUUUCUAAUUGUACGAAACUACCUAUGGGCAAAACGAAUCUAUCAGCCAAGAUCUUUCUUGAUCCCGUCCAGAGACAGGGUGAAACCGCCACCCAAUAAUCCAUUCAGAUGGCUCUGGCUGUUGUUAAAGACCUCAAACGACAAAGUCUUACGCAAAGCAGGAAUGGAUGCUUACUUCUUCGUCCGGUACUUGGGCAUGUGCUUGAAGAUGUUUUGUCCCAUGGCUCUCAUCAUCCUUCCCAUCUUAAUUCCAAUCAAUUAUUCGAAUGGUAAAGGCACGAAUACAAUCGGAGAUACGCGCUAUAAUGUCACCGGCCUGGAUACACUUGCCUGGUCCAACGUUUCACCUCAACACACCGAUCGUUAUUGGGCGCAUUUGGUCCUGGCCGUCGGUGGCAUCGCCUGGGUGUGUUUCUUGUUUCAUCACGAACUCCUGCACUAUGUCGCCAAGCGUCAGGAUUAUCUUAGCAGUCGACGUCAUCGCUUAAAGGCUUCGAGCACCACUGUUCUGAUCAUGGACAUACCCAGUAGUCUGUGCACAACAGAAGCUUUGAUGAAGCUUUACGACGAUUUUCCUGGGGGUGUACGAAGAAUAUGGCUCAAUCGAAAUUUUGAGUCACUUGCCAAUAAGGACCAGAUGCGGAGGAACUACGAGCAUCGACUGGAGAAUGCCGAAACAAAUCUCAUUCGUAAAGUGAUCAAAAAGCAUCGGAAGACAGGAAAAGAGGCCGGUGGUGGGGAUUCGAAUGAGAUGUCAGAACCUAAAGAAGGCUCUGAAACUGCAUGCCAUCCUGACCGGGAGCCUCAUUCUGCUGAAGGAGUAAUUGAGAUUACAACUCAAGCGGAUUGCGAGAAUGAUCUUCAACAUGACCUGAGUACAAAGGCCCUGUGGACUAAGUUCAUUACCCCUAAGCAGCGACCUACUAUGCGAAUACCUCGACCUGAUCAUCCCAUAAUAUGCAAAAUUCCUCUCAUUGGUCGCUUCUUCUCACUCAAGGUGGAUACCAUUUACUUCUGUCGGCGGGAACUUGCACGCCUUAACCGAGAGAUUGAGAUGGAUAUAGAGGAAGCAGAUAGCUGCCCACAGAACGGAUCGGCUUUCAUCCAAUUCAACGAUCAGAAAGCGGCACAUAUGGCAUGCCAAGCAGUCGCUGCUACAGCACCAGGACGAAUGGCACAACGAAAUGUUGAGAUGUCACCAGCGGAUAUCAACUGGUCCACCCUGAACCAUACUAGGCAGAAUCGAGCUGUCCGACUUGUCAUUUUUGUCUUGUUAUUCCUGGUGCUCCUGUUUGUUUUUGGUCUGAUAUCGUUCUUCACCGGACUGCUUUCGAGAAUUUCGACAUUGGCCGACUCAACUUCAUGGCUACGAUGGAUCGGUACGCUACCUCGCUGGCUCUUGUCUUUCAUACAAGGUACUCUUCCUCCAGUCAUCCUCGUUAUCCUCUUGAGUGGCCCAACACCGAUUGUUCUCCGUGCGAUGACAAACAGUACUCGUGGCGCCACAACUGGUUCUCGAGGCGAACGCUCCCUCCAACUUUGGUACUUCAUUCUUUUGCUCUUCGAGGUUUUCAUCAUACCAACCAUCUCUUCUGGGCUCACUAGUAUUGUGCAAGAACUGAUACAUAACACGGCAUCGGUUCCUGAAAUUCUGGCCACGAAUUUGCCAACGGCAGCUAACUACUACUUCUCAUUCCUGGUCCUUCAAGCCUUGUCAAUAAGUUCAAGCUCAAUUCUACAGACGAUUCGCCUGCUGAACUUCUAUGUCUUCGCAUCGGUCAACACUCCUGACGAUGUUUUUGGAAAGUUGAGCUUUACAUGGAGAACUCGAAUCGGAUCAAACAUACCUUGGUACACAACAUUCGCUGUCAUUGGAAUGGUUUACUCCGUUAUCGCCCCACUCAUGCUGGUUUUCAUGUUGAUUACAUUCAGCCUCUUCUAUCUCGUCAUCAAAAACAAUAUCCUGUAUGUCAUUCGGACAGGAGACGUCGACAGUGGUGGAGUAUGGUUUCCAAGUGCAAUCAACCAGACCUUCACAGGGUUAUACUUCAUGGAAGUUUGCUUGAUCGGCUUAUUCUUCCUUGUCCGUGACGCAAAAAACAAUGUUGCAUGUGAGGCUCAAGGCAUCAUCAUGGCCAUUGUGUUCGUCCUAACGAUCAUGUAUCAAAUCUGGUUGACACUCCACUUCAACGGACUUUUCAGGUUCGCUCCUCUACAACUAACCAGCGAGACGCUUUUACAGUCCAACGAGCCUCAGACACCGAUCAGAGCAUCGGACGUGGACGAAGAUCGCCCGAUGAGCGACGAGACCGUAGCAGCCAAAGAGAGAGACUCCGAAAUUGCGGGGAAAAGUGAUAGUCGUCCCGAACAGACUGGUGAAGUUGAGAAGGUUGAAAAGUUUCCAAAGCCCCCUUUCUUGGAUGAAGUGCGACGCACGUCAUCAAGAUCAUUGACGGCAGAACAGAGGUCCCGGCGUGGAACACUUAUGGAAGAGCAAAAGGAGCAUGACAAGCAUCAAGCAAAGCGGAUCCUAGCCCGGUUGAACCGACCUCUCGACGAAGCUAGGCUUGCUCAACUCGAGUCGGGACUCGUACGAGCUGAAGCAUAUGCCAGCAACGCUUUGAUCCCACGCAAACGCGAAAUUAUAGCGUUGAUGAUGAACGAUCCAAUCAGUAAAAUCAUCAUGCAGCACAAUGAUGACUUGGAAGCUCUCACGACGGAAGAACGAGACAUGUUGGUCAGUGUUGCAUUUACACAUCCUGUAUUGCGAGAACCUAUGCCGAGCGUAUGGAUUCCCAGGGACGAUGUCGCGGUCAGUGAUGAUGAAGUCCAAAGAACAAGGGCGCUGAGCCGUUACAUUGCAAUCGGAAACAGGGGCGCAUUCUUCAACAGAAAGUUGAAGGUGAAGAUCGACAAACCACCACCAGAUAUGAGCGUGGACGUUUUGAAGGCCAACGAUGAGAUCUCGUUUGCCAAUAGCCCAACAUUCAAGCCGUCGGCUGGGAAUGUGCACGGGAUCACGUAUUACUCUCCUCUCGAUGCCGUGGGCCGUGGAGUUCCGAUCUUGACCCACUCAGGAAGUCACAAACAUAUACGAAACGAUGCUCUGAACAUCUAUGAUAUCACCUUCAAUUCGAUCCUGUUGCGAGACUACAACUGUGCCAAAGAAGUGAAGAACAGGAAUGACUAUGGGUCCUCUACAGUUGGCUCGGCCCUAGCGACUUCGGCCGCUAUGAUAGCAGGUCUAGCGUAUCUGAAUGCUCGAUGGAGCAUUCCUGUUGAUUUACACGUAAUGAGAAGCAGGCUCUCUGCAGCGGGGACCUUGAGUACAAGAGAGAAAACUGGUAUGAUGAACUCCUUUUGUCUGCUGGAAGAAUACGCCAACCAUCACCAAAUCCAGGUCCAGAUCUUCAUCGUGUUUGAGGAACGGACGUGGACCUUCCGAGAAACUGGUGCAAUUGGCGAUGUUGGGCUACUGGGUAGAUUGUCGGUGGUGACAACUCAGGCGAUCGUUGAGCUGGAUUGGGAAACCGAAGAGCCUCGCAAGGAUCCAAUUACUGGGUUCUGUACCCGGGUCACCCCUGAGGAACCAGGUGAGCUUCUCUGUGCAGUCAACGCAAAUGACAUUAUUGCAACAUAUUCAGGUUAUUGGGGCAACUCCAAGGCGAGUAAUGCAAAGGUCUGGCGAGAUGUAUUUCGCCCUGGCGACGCGUGGUUUCGUACUGGUGAUGUCCUUCGUCUGGACGACAACGGGACACUUUGGUUCUCUGAUCGGAUUGGUGACACAUUUCGCCGGCAAAGAUUUGCUGCACUGUUGCUGCGGGACAUAUCGAGUCCGGAUACGCCGGUGCCAGAAGCUACUCUUCAGAGUAUCGCAACAUUGGCUCAUCAAAAGCUUCCCAAGUAUGCGGUCCCCAUGUUACUGAGAGUGGUGACUGAGGUCAUCGUCACCGGAACUAAUAAACAACAGAAGUUUACCCUGAGAAAGAAGGAGUAG